AAAUACUAGGCACAUUCAGCAGUUUUUGAGGACCACUUAGAAACAACAUCCCACUGCAGGAGUGGUGUCAAAAGGGUCUUGUGGAGCAACAUCUGGAAGUUGGGUUAGAAGUGAACAUUAAGGAUUACCAGCAAAAGCCCUUCAGAUAGAAAUGAUAUGGAUGCUGUAACAAAGAAAAACAAAAGGGAUGGAACAGAAGUCACAGAGAGGCUUAUUACAGAAACAGUUACCACCAGGUUGACAUCUCUUCCUCCAAAAGGAGGCGGGAGCAGUGGGCUCAAAACAACAAGUUACAGUGGUGGGAGUGGAGUGGAAAAGAGGACAUACAGUCACGGUGGCAGCUAUGCCUCAGCCAGUGGAAGUACUAGAAUGAAUACCUCCUCUUCCUCCUCCUACAAGCAAGCUACUGCUCCUUCCUCUACACUUCCCAAAUCACCUGGCUCAGCCUUCGAACGAAAAACCUAUGCCACUCGCCAUGCGACAUAUGAAGGGAGCUCAAGUGCAAAUUCCUCUCCAGAGUUUCCCAGGAAAGAUCUUGGUUCCUCUGCUACUAGGGGCCGGAGCCAAACUCGUGAGAGUGAAAUCCGAGUGAGGCUGCAAAGUGCUUCUCCAUCAACCAGGUGGACAGAACUGGAUGAUGUCAAACGACUGCUUCGAGGAAGUCGAUCAGCUAGUGCCAGCCCAACUCGCUCCCCAUCAGGCACGCUUCCUAUACCCAAGAAAGCUGUUGUGGAAACCAAGAUGGUUACAGAGAGCACACAGUCUGUGUCAGGGACAUAUGACACCACCAUCUUGAAUGCUGCCCUGCCAUCGUACAUGUGGUCCUCCACCCUGCCUGCAGGGUCAUCUCUUGGCGGUUACCACAACAACAUGGCCCAAAGCUCAUCUCUGAUCAACACUGCAGCCCAUUCGACUGGAUCAGUGUUUGGGGUCCCAAACAACUUGGCUCCCAGCUGUCCCACUCUCAACACUGGUCUCAGCACAUCUUCCACAGUAUAUGGUGUUCAGAACAACCUGGUACCAAACACAGUUGGUGCUGCCAACAGUGCAACCACAGCCUCCACAUUAACAACUGGAUAUGGGGUAAAGAAAAAUACUGUGCAGCAGAGCUCAGGAGUGACUAGUACUGGUGUGUCCACCUCAUCUACAAAUGCUGCCACCACAGUAGGCUCUCAGAAUGAUGACAUCCUGCGGAAAGACUGCAAGUUUGUGAUCCUAGAGAAAGAGAAUAUAACACCCAAGAAGGAGAUGGAGCUGUUGGUCAUGAGUAAAGACAGCGGAAAAGUUUUUAAUGCAUCUGGCACUGGGUUCAGUGGAGGUUAUUAUUCAGAAGACACUCUGAAGAAAGACAAGCAGGGCAUGUCCUCCUCUUACGGUGGGGAUUCCUACCUGAAAUCAGAAACUAAUGGAGGAUUAAAAUCUGUUUCAACAAAGGACAAAGCCACCUAUGCAGAAAUCCAGCGUGAUAAUGGCUGUGGAGGGCCAGGUGCUGCUCCUGCCUGGUGUCCUUGUGCCUCUUGUUGCAGUUGGUGGAAGUGGCUCCUCGGUUUGCUCCUGGCCUGGCUGUUUCUGCUUGGCCUGCUCUUUGGGCUUAUUGCUCUAGCGGAGGAAGUGAGGAAGCUGAGAUCCCGUGUGGAGAGUCUUGAGUCCCGCGCCAGCUAUUGGCAAGUACCUGCUGAUGGUGACCAACAGCUGAUUGCCAAGAAAGAAGCACAAUAUGCCAGACUUGGAGCAAAACUGAGUGACAUGAAUGAAUAUCAGCUAUGGUCAUUAAUGAAAAGUCGACUCGAUGCAGAGAUAAAUCAAGGUUAUUUCCGAGGAGAAAAAGGUGAUAUGGGACUUCAAGGACCGAAAGGAGACAGAGGGCUCCCUGGUAUACCAGGUGCACCAGGCAUGAUAGGUCAUGCUGGACCUGAAGGACCUAAAGGACAAAAAGGUAGCAUGGGUGAAUCUGGAACCGAGGGUCCCAUGGGCCAAAGAGGCCGAGAAGGACCUCCAGGACCUCGUGGGGAGCCAGGUCCACCUGGAUUUGGAGAAAAAGGCGACAAAGGCCCGGUUGGAGAUUCAGGACCUCAGGGUCCACCCGGUGUCCCAGGCUCUAUUGGGCCUAAAGGUAUGACAGGUUCACAAGGUCCUCCUGGUCCUCCUGGUCUUCCCGGGCUUCAAGGAUUUAGAGGUGAAGCAGGUCUCCCAGGUGUUAAAGGUGAAAAGGGAGCCAUGGGAACAUCUGGUCCAAAAGGUGAUCAAGGAGAAAAAGGUCCCCGUGGUCUCACAGGUGAACCAGGUUCCAGAGGACUCCCUGGACCUACAGGUGAACCAGGACCUAAAGGAUCAGCAGGUCCUCCUGGACCAGAUGGACACCAAGGCCCCAGAGGAGAGCAAGGCCUUAUGGGAACACCAGGCCCACGAGGUCCACCUGGUCCUUCUGGAGAUGCAGGGCAGCCAGGUCUCACAGGACCUCAAGGACCCCCAGGACUUACAGGUAGUCCAGGCCGACCAGGACUUAAAGGUGAACCUGGACCACCAGGCAGAGUUACUUCUUCAGAUGGUGGAUCCACUAUUGCUCUCGCUGGACCUCCAGGCCCACCAGGGGCAGUUGGACCACCAGGCCCACCAGGUGUUCCAGGUCCAAUUGGCCCUGCUGGUCUUCCUGGAGCUCAAGGUCCUCGUGGUGAGAGGGGCAUGCCAGGUGAAUCAAUUACGGUCGAAACUAGCAGACUGGUAGAGGCUGCUCCUCUUGGAGCAAGUGUGCAAGGACCUCCAGGACCCCCUGGACCUCCAGGUCCACCAGGACUACCAGGUGUAUCCGUUGAAGGCCCUCGAGGACCCCGUGGCCCACCAGGAGAAGGUCUUCCAGGUCCUCCAGGCCCACCAGGAAGACCAGGAUCCUUUGUGCCCACAUCAGAAACUUUCUUUGCUGGCCCACCUGGUCCACCUGGUCCUCCAGGUCCAAGGGGAGAACAAGGCACACCUGGCCCACGAGGAUUCACAGGAGAACCAGGCCAACCAGGCCUCCCAGGACUUUCUGCAGCAGGUGCUGGAGUUGCCAUUCAAGGACCACCAGGGCCACCAGGGCCACCAGGACCCAAAGGUGAUGCAGGUGUACCAGGAGCCCCUGGCAUUCCUGGAGGAGCGGGAUCAAGAACUUCUCAGGGUCCUCCGGGUCCACCAGGUCCUCCUGGACCACCAGGGCCAGGAAUGAGCUCCAUGCGAGAGAUUCAGCAGUACGUCUCCCAGUAUCUGCAGAGUGACUCUGGACGUUAUCUCAUUGGACCUCAAGGCCCACCUGGUCCUCCAGGACCUCCAGGAAUCUCCAUUGGUGGCUCAUCUUUGGACUAUGAUGAAUUGGCCCGCCGUGUUAUGAACUACAUGUCUACUUCAGGUUCCUCAUUUGGCAUGUCAUCCUCUUCUAUCUCUUCUUCCUCAACCACACUUUCUUAUGAAGAUCUUCUUGCCUUGCUGCAGAGAGAGGAAAUCCGGCCAUAUCUCAUUGGUCCCCAAGGUCCCCCAGGUCCACCUGGGCCACCUGGACUGGGAGGAGAUGGCUCAUUUACAUCAUUGGACUAUGAUGAAAUGACAAGACGGGUUAUCAACUAUAUGACAAGUUCUGGUAUUAGUAUCGGCCUUCCUGGCCCACCUGGCCCUCCUGGUUUGCCUGGAACAUCUUAUGGAGACAUCCUAGCUCUGCUCCGAGACUCUGAAUUUAGUGGCAUUGUGGGACCACCUGGUCCUCCAGGCCCACCCGGGAUACCAGGCAGUGCUCUUUCCGGCCUCACCAGAGAGGAAAUCUUGACAUAUCUGCAAAGUGUGGGGUAUUCAUCCCUUUCUGGACCCCCUGGGCCACCCGGGCCCCCAGGGCCACCUGGCCUUUCAGGAUCUGGCUAUGUUUCUCAAGGUGAUGGUAUCUGGACUGACGAGUUCAGGAGUGAUUUGAUCCAAUACCUUACUAGUGAGGAUGUACGUGGCUUCAUCAGAGGACCUCCAGGACCUCCAGGGCCACCUGGGAACUUUAUGGCUGAAUCUUACAGAGGGUCUGCAAAUUCAGACGGGUCAUAUGGCAGGUCUUCAAGUUCUGGCAUGUCUUAUGAUGCAUCCUUAGCCAGAAGGGAAUCCUAUAGCAGUUCAUUGGGAAGCAAUGGAGAACUUGAUGGAUCGCUUGGAGCUGGUGGAAGCUAUGGAGGCUCACUUGGAGCAGGUGGAAGUUAUGGUGGUUCACUCGGAGCAGGUGGAUCUUAUGGUGGCUCACUUGGAGCAGAUGGAUCACAGAUGAGAUCAGCAGGUGCAGGAGGCUCCUAUACUGGGUCAUUUGCUGGAUCACUGGAUUAUAAUGAGCUGGCAACCAGAGUGUCUGAAAAUAUGCAGAGCCGAGGUCUCCUCCAGGACAUGAUGACUUAUGCUAUGCAAGGGCCACCUGGGCCUCCAGGACCACCUGGCAUCCCAGGCAUCAGCAGGGUGUUUGCAUCCUAUGGCAAUGUCACUGCAGAUCUCAUGGAUUUCUUCAGAACUUAUGGAACAAUUCCUGGGCCACCUGGACCAAAAGGAGAGAUAGGAUUCCCAGGACCAAAAGGUGACACUGGACCAAUGGGCCCACCAGGUCGCCAAGGGCCAAGAGGACCAAAGGGUGAAAAAGGCGAAAAAGGUGAACAAGUAUAUGUUGGUCGAAGGAAAAGAAGAAGCAUAGGAGUCUAAUCUGAGAACAAAAAUUAAAGCAGAAGCUUUCUAAGUCAUUUAAAGUAGUUGUUUUGUCCCAGGCAACAUAAAAAUCCCAAAUUCCAGUGGCUUCCAACAAGUCACCACCACCCAGAUGCCACUCACACUUGAUAUUUGGGGAAUGAAUGACUUUCUUAAUUUGUAAGAACUUAGCUGGCUUCCACUAUUCCUUCAUAUUGAACUAAUUGCUCAUUUGUUUCUUAUCACAUUUGAAUCUGAGUCUGAGCUUAAUCUGAUGUUAUAUGACACAGCUUCUGAAAUGUAGCUUACUGUCUAAGAUCCACACAACUCGGCUUCACCAGAAGAUUAUAAUGAGGAGACUUCUACAGAAACGGAAACAAAGUGAGAUGAGAACCAGAGGUCAUGUAAUAGCUUACUGUAGUACUCAAUGUAUUCAACAUUAUUAGCAUAUUUUGCUUUAUCUGACCUUUUUAAAGCUGGAUCAGACAAAGCAAAGCAUGCAAAUAUAUGCCAGCGGGAUGUAUAACAAUAGGCUGAUUCUUUUUUUUAACCCCUUUAAACUCCUGUUAUUAGUUGCAUUGCAAAAUUGUGAAGGACUUGGGGGCUGUUAGUAUUUAAAGCACUUUUGUAAGAAUGAUUUUUUUUUAAAAAAAAGAUGUUUUCUUUGGUUUUUGUGAUUUUAAAAGUGCCAAUUUAAUAUAAAUCUUCCAAAUUAGAGCUUGUUUACACUCUGGUCUCAUUGAAUGGAAACCAGAUAUUAAAGUAUUAUAUAAUGGUAUGUUUAGAGAUACAGGGGCAUAUUCCCAUGUUAAGUUCAGUGACUGCACCUCUCAAAGCAAGGAGUUUAAACAUGCAUCCAUUCCUCCCUCUCCUGCUGCUUUAGAAGGGUCUUUCUCAACAGCUUUCCAUGUUUAAUAAGUAUAUACAAUCACCAGUAGCUUUAGCACUGUAUAUGAUGACUAAAGGGACUUUGUAGACAACGUUGUCUCAAUUAUGGAUGGUAUGAAUUCUCGAAAAGAGUGAAUAACCUUCAUGCCAACACCUAUAAAACAUUUUUGUAUGAUCAGUCACUUAAAAGACUUGGAUUUAAUUACUGUAUAUGGCAAUCUCUUGCAAAGUUAUAAACACAAUAAAUAUCCAUAGAUGCCUAGACUCAAAACAGUUUAACUAAGUAACCAUGGAACAGAAUCUUAGGUGCAGUGUAACCCGAUAUACAUCUCCAAAUGUUAUGAAACCGAAAUUUUAAAAUGGGUUUCACAUUUGACAUAAGGUCUCACUUUGUAACAGAUGUUAGAUGCAGAAUUUAACAACAACGACAAACAAGCUAUUCACCAUUAGAGAGAUCACUACCAAGAGGUGGGAGAACACAUUUUGGAUCCGAUGGCACAUUGGCUGUUGCUAGAGGAAACCGAUCAAUUACCUUUAUCUAAUACAGAGUAGACACUGGAAGUGCUAAACUGAGGCCACAAUGCAGAAAACAAUUAACGCCACACAUUCAAUGAAGCUUUCAAUGCCAUUCCUUUAACAACUGUGGCCUAUACAUACUUUUGCUUUUUGGGCAUGAAAGUUUGAAAAGCAGUUUAUGAUAUGGCAUUAUCGGAACUGGGGCAGCCUGCUGAUGUAAUUAAAAAGCUAAAUAACCCAUACUGCAUGCAAACCUUUGAAUGCAUACAAAGGUGUAUUUUUGAGCCUUCUGUCAAUGACAAGUGCUAUGGAGUUGGAUUCUAGCAUAGAUUAAAUAAAAGCACAGGCAAGAUAAGAUGAAUAUUCUGUAAUUAACAUAUGGGUUUUCUGAUACUGGAAUAAACAUCCUAUUGAGCAGGAUAUGGUCUUUCAACAUGUAAAGUGGCUGUAUUUGUUAAUGAGACAUUUGCUUUUUUAAAAAUAAAGAUGCUUUUAAAGCU